ACCCUCUCUCUCUCUCUCUCUCUCUCUCUCGCUCUCUUUGAGAUGAACCGGGGCGAAGGAAAGGGUUGGGACAGGGUGGAAUAGCUGGAGGGAGGGAUGGCUGAAUAACGAGGAGAGAAACACCCACUCCGGACUGACCGAAUUGUUGUAUCCGGAGAGACGGAGUGAGAGAAAAGAAAGAGAAGGAGAGAAAAGAGGAACCCACUGGGAGGCAGCAGUCUUUGGUAUUCAGAGGAUUUUUUUUUUCCUUUGGGAAAUAAAAAAGGACGCUUUGAAUUGAUGAUUGGAGAGGUCUAGACGUCUGGCUAUGAGGAUGUUGUCAAUGGGACAGAUUAGCUGGUGUUUGUGGGCUCCACUGGUGUUACUGGCCAUAGUUUCCCAUGUCCCCACUAAUGCACAGGAUCAAGUUCCAUCUCCGAGGAGGCUGCGUUUCAAAGUGCUGAGCCCAGGCAAACUCCUUGUUUCAUGGAAGGAGCCAAAAGGAGACUUUGACAGCUAUCUAUUCCUCUACAACAGUAUGCCAGGUGGUCAGCAGAGAGAGAUCAUAGCAUCUAAAUCUGACACUAAGGUGUUGAUAACAGACUACAGCCCUUCUAAGGACUACAUCGUCAGUGUCAUCGCUGUGAGAGGCAAUGAGCAGAGCAGACCACUUCACGGCAGACAUAAAGCUGAAAGAGGUGAGAGUGACGAAGGACACAAGACCGAGCCCCAAAGGCUGCCUGAUUCAGUUGUACCUCCUGAGGAUGCCAAUGAGAUCUCUGGAGUGGAUCAGUUUGUGUGCCACACUGAGGCCAUCGCAGACAUUGUGAUCUUAGUGGACGGCUCCUGGAGUAUUGGUCGACUCAACUUCCGACUGGUUCGCAUGUUCUUGGAAAACCUUGUCAAUGCCUUUGAUGUUGGCAUCGAUAAAACGAGGAUAGGUCUGGCUCAGUACAGUGGUGAUCCCAGGAUAGAGUGGCAUCUCAAUGCUUUCUCCAGUAAAGAUGCCGUCAUCGAUGCCGUCAAGAAUCUGCCGUACAAAGGAGGAAACACUCUCACAGGCCUUGCUCUGACUUAUAUCAUGGAGAACUGUUUCAAGCCCGAAUCCGGCUCACGGCCUGGUGUACCCAAAAUUGGGAUCCUCAUCACGGACGGGAAGUCCCAGGAUGAUGUCAUACCACCUGCAGAGAGCCUGCAAAACGCCGGUGUUGAGCUGUUUGCUAUCGGUGUUAAGAAUGCUGAUGAGAACGAGUUACACUCCAUCGCCUCAGAGCCAGACAACACGCAUGUGUACAAUGUGGCUGACUUCAACAUCAUGAGCUCCAUAGUGGAGGGACUGACCAGAACAGUGUGCGAACAAGUGGAGCAGCAAGACAAAGACAUCAAGCAGAAACAGACACCAGAGACGACGGGAGCACCACUUGACCUGGUUACAUCAGAGGUGACGGCCCGAAGCUUUCGGGUUUCAUGGAGCCACGCCCCCGGAAAUGUAGAAAAAUACAGAGUGGUUUAUUAUCCUUCUCAGGGAGGAGAACCACAGGAGGUGGUAGUGGAGGGCGGUGAGACUUCAGCGGUGUUAGAGCAUCUCAGCUCUCUCACAGAAUACCAGGUGGCUGUGUUUGCUGUGUACGCAAACGAUGCAAGUGAAGCUCUGAGAGGAUCAGAAACAACCCUGGCUCUUCCCACAGUAACGGGCCUCCAGCUGUAUGAUGUGACUCAAAGCACCAUGAAAGCGAGAUGGGACAGUGUGGAUGGAGUCUCCGGCUACAUGCUGCUGUAUGCACCUCUUAAAGAAAGUGGAGACUUGGAUGAGAAGGAGAUCAAGUUAUCGGAUGCAGUGACAGAGAUAGAGCUGGGUGCGUUGGUCCCUCACACUGAAUACACCGUCACUGUUUAUGCAAUGUAUGGAGAAGAAGCUGGUGACCCUAUUACAAACCAGGAAACAACAUUACCAUUGAGUCCUCCCACCAACCUCCAGUUCUCUGACAUCACUCACAACUCCGCCCACAUCAGCUGGGACCCAGCGCCCAAAGGAGUUAAAGGUUACCGCAUCAUGUGGGUGAAGACAGACGGACUAACCACACAGGAGGUGGAGGUGGGAGUUAAGAACUCCUAUGACCUCAGCGAUUUGACGUCCCUGAUGGAGUAUGGAGUGGCUAUCUUCGCCCAGUAUGACGAGGGCGAAUCAGCUGCGCUCACAGACGCGUUCACUACCACUCCAGUCCCUGGUCCUUUGAAUCUGCGUUCCAGUGACGUGAGCACAGACAGCUUCCAGGUCAGCUGGGAUCACUCAGCCAAUGACAUCGUCCUUUACAGACUCUCCUGGGCACCAUUCACAGGUGGCGACACAAAAGAGGUGAUGUUGAGUGGAACUGAGAACAGAUACAACCUGAUCGCUCUGAGUCCAUCUACUGAGUAUGAAGUCAUGUUGACAGCCAUAUUCAAAGAUCAAUCAGAGAGUGACACCAUCUCCGUUAUAGAGACCACAUUGGCUGAGACAACAACGAUUGCUACCACGACUACAAUGGCGCGACAGGCUGUGAGAAACCUUCAGCUGAGUGACGAGACCACCCAGAGUUUAGAGGCAUCGUGGGAGCUGGAGGACCCCCAUGUGGAGAGCUACAGGGUCACCUAUGCUGGCCUCAGGGGCAACCACGAAGAAGAGUCUGUGUUACUUCCUGUCAGUCAGAGGAGAGCAGUCCUUCAACCUUUGUUAUCAGACACCCAGUACAAAGUGACAGUUACACCGGUGUACAGUGACGGACAAGACGGCAUCAGUGUCUCAGCCCGUGGUGCUACAUUGCCUCUCUUGUCUCCUGGAAACUUACGUGUGUCGGAAGAGUGGUACAACCGUUUCAGGGUGACCUGGGAUCCACCUCAGUCUCCUACAAUGGGUUACAGGAUCGUCUACCAGCCCAUCUACGUUCCAGGACCAAUUCUGGAGAGAACAGUGGGUGAAGAUGUGAACUCCAUGCUCCUCUUGAAUCUAUUAAGUGGGACUGAGUACAGUGUUCAAGUGACAGCUUCGUACCCUGCAGGUCAAAGUGAACCACUUCUAGUGAAUGCCAAGACAAUGUUCCUCGGGGUCUCUGGCUUGUCAACCUACCAGGUGCGAUACAAUAGCAUGUGUGUCCAAUGGCAGCCUCUUCUACAGGCCACAUUAUACAGAGUCUCCAUACAGUCUCCACUCAAUGGUCAGAAGCAGGAAGUGAGCCUGGGAGGUGGUGCAUCCCGACAGUGUUUCUAUGACCUCAGUCCGAGCAGCCAAUACCAGAUCAGCGUCCACACCCAGAUGCAAGGAAUGGAGGGACCUUCUGUCUCCAUAACUGACAUGACGCUGCCAGAGCCCACUCAAGCUCCAACUGAAGCCCCCACCACAGAGCCGCCUCCCACUAUCCCGCCUGCCAAAGAAGUUUGUAAGGAGGCCAAGGCUGACCUGGCGUUCCUGGUUGACGGUUCCUGGUCCAUCGGCGACGACAACUUCAUGAAGAUCACACGUUUCCUCUACAGCACCAUGGGAUCGCUGGAUCUGAUUGGACCAGAUGGCACCCAGGUGGCCAUUGCUCAGUUCAGUGACGACGCUCGGACAGAAUUUCAGCUGAGUUCCCAUGGCAACAAGGAAGCACUACUGGAAGCUAUUCAGAAGAUCAGAUACAAGGGCGGAAACACCAAGACAGGUCGGGCCAUCAAACAUGUGAAGGAGUCUAUUUUCACUGCAGAGGCUGGAGCCAGGAGGGGUGUUCCUAAGGUCCUGGUUGUUCUCACUGAUGGACGUUCACAAGAUGAUGUUAACAAAGUGUCCAAGGAGAUGCAGAUGGAUGGUUAUAUCAUCUUUGCCAUUGGCUUUGCUGAUGCAGACUAUGGGGAGCUGGUGAAUAUUGCCAGUAAGCCCAGCGAUAGGCAUGUCUUUUUUGUGGACGAUUUGGAUGCCGUGAAGAAAAUAGAAGAACAGCUCAUUACUUUUGUCUGUGAGGCUGCCACUGCCACUUGUCCAUCUGUUUUAAUGAGUGGUAACACAAUGGCAGGUUUUCGUAUGAUGGAGAAGUUUGGCCUUGUAGAGAAGGAGUAUGGCACCAUACCUGGAGUUUCUCUGGAGCCCGGUUCAUUCAACAGCUUCCCCUGUUACAGGUUACACCGUGACGCCCUGGUGUCACAGCCCACCAGGUACCUUCACCCUGAAGGGUUACCCUCUGACUACACCAUUUCUAUGAUGCUCCGCCUACUUCCCGAGACCCCGCAGGAGCCCUUUGCAUUGUGGGAAAUCCUCGACAAAGACAACGAGCCAUUGGUGGGACUGAUCCUGGAUAACUCUGGAAAGACAUUGACGUUCUUCAACAAUGACUACAAAGGAGAGUUCCAGACCGUCACCUUUGAAGGAAAUGAAAUCAAAAAAAUCUUCCAUGGAAGCUUCCACAAGCUCCAUGUAACCAUCAGCAAGACGACUGUGAAGGUGGUGUUAGAUUGUUCUGUGGUUGGGGAGAAGUCCAUCAGUGCAGCUGGGAACAUUACCACUGAUGGGGUGGAGAUUCUCGGGAGGAUGGUUCGGUACAGAGGCAGACGGGACAACUCUGCACCAUUUCAGCUCCAGAUGUUUGACAUCAUCUGCAGCACAUCCUGGGCCAGCAGAGAUAAGUGUUGCGAGCUCCCUGCGUUGAGAGUUGAGGAGCAGUGCCCUUCCAUGCCUCACGCCUGUACCUGCUCCCAGGACAGCAAAGGCCCUCCAGGACCUUCUGGACCCCCUGGAGGCCCAGGCGUAAGAGGAGCCAGAGGAGAGAGAGGAGAGCCAGGACUGACGGGACCCCAGGGGCCAGUAGGAGAGAUCGGCCCUCCUGGACCAUCAGGACCGCCUGGUCCACAAGGACCCAGUGGUCUCUCUAUUCAGGGGCCGCCGGGUGCUGCUGGAGCGAAGGGAGAGAGAGGAGCAAACGGUCCAGCUGGACAAAUGGGUGUUCCUGGAAGCACGGGCUCCCCUGGUAGAGACGGCCCCCCAGGAACAAGGGGUCUACCGGGUAAUAUUGGACCACAGGGACGACAAGGACCUCCUGGACCCAUUGGAACCCCAGGAGCACCAGGAGCUCCAGGAUCUGGCGGGUCAGCAGGGGCCCAAGGAGAUCAAGGACUUCCUGGUCCUGCUGGUACCAAAGGCGAUAAGGGAGAAAGAGGUGAUGUGCAAUCCCAAGCCGCUGUGCGCGCAAUCGCACGCCAAGUGUGUGAACAGCUCAUCCAAAGCCACUUGUCUCGCUAUAACUCCAUACUGAACCAGAUUCCCGUCCAGUCGUCAGUAUCAGUCCGAACAGUGCCCGGACCACCUGGAGAGCCGGGCAGGAGAGGCUCCCCAGGACCUCAAGGAGAGCAAGGGCCAUCCGGCAGGCCAGGCUUCCCUGGUAGCAAUGGCCAGAGCGGACGGCCAGGAGAGAGAGGUCUACCGGGAGAGAAGGGAGACAGGGGGAGUCCAGGCAUUGGGACUCAGGGACCUCGAGGACCACCAGGACCUCCAGGUCUGCCUGGUGAAGGACGAACAGGCAGCCAGGGCCCCCCUGGUCGGCCCGGUAACCCGGGAACACAGGGGAGGUCGGGGAAUCCAGGUUCCACGGGACCAGCUGGCCCACCAGGAUACUGUGACCAGAACUCCUGUCUGGGGUACAACGUUGGAGUCCAACCUCUGCCUCAUGGCGGCUACCAGCCGUACAACCAGCCAUACAACCCUGCUGCGCUGACUUACAACGACCAAGGAGGCGAAGAAGAGGAGGAUGAGGAGGGAGAGGAAGAGCAGGACCCCUAUUACCGUGGUUACCCCCCUCAGUACUACCCCCAACAGCCAUCCCAGCUGGCACGUGGUUACCGCUCAAACCCCACCGACUCUGAGGACACGGAGCUGAGGUCACCGGGCGUCGCCAGGAGGUUUCCACGUGACGCCGUCAUCGUCAUGGAGGAGAGUGAGGAGGGAGGACUUUAGAAGAAGGAUGGACUCACCUAAAGUGCUUGAGCCCUGCACGCCACAACACACACACACACUGAUACUCACACAUGGAAACAAAUACACAGACUGACAUGCAUACACACACACACACACACACACACACACACACAUUGUCCCCUAUCUGAAACUGUGGUGAGAACCCCCCUGCCCCUUUCUCGUGUAUCCAGUGGUUUUCUCCACCAGAUGAAACAAUGUAAAUAGCCCUGUGGACUCUUGUACGAUAUCUCUGUAAAAGGGGGGUCCGAAAAGUGCCUGAUCUAUGUUAGCAUCGUCCAAGUGGUAAUGUAAAGGUAAGACCUGUUUCUUCACCAUCUCACAGCUGAUUUCAGGACUAAACCCUUCUUUUUCGUGUGAAGCUGCAUGUCUCCUUUGAGCCAACCAUUUCAGUGUGUAACUGGACACGUGCAUCUUGUUUUGGUUGUGUGUAACUUGCUAGAUUAUUUUACAGUUCAAAUCGAGGACGAUGAGCCGGCAACAUUUGUACAGGCUGCUUUUUAUAAUGAUGAAUUCUGAUUCCCCUCCGUCUCCAUGCUGUCUUUAUUUCAGUGUGUAAAGGAAUAUUGAAAUGUUUUUUUUUUGUUUUUUUUAAGUGACAGUAUUGUGUUGAGUUUGCUUCUUUUUUACUAUUAUUGGAGUUAAUCCACUAAAUUGGAUGUUGAAGCAAAUUUGUUAAUUUUACCUAAACACUGUGGAAGAUACUUUUUAAAAUGAUUGUUUUUAUUUAGAGAAAAUCUGGCUGCCGUUACAUUUUGUCCUGCGAUAUUUCAUUCAGUUGGACCAGGUCUGUUCUGAGUUUUAAUACUCAGACUUCUGGUGAAUCAAGAAGAAAAAUCUGUGUUGUUUGUGUCUUGUGUUUCUGCCCCCAGUUUGUUCGUUUAUUGUUCUUAUGCAAAGUCGGGCCUGCUCACUGUGGAAGCUGUUUGCUCACUGGUUAAUCUCUGACCUCUCGCUGGAAUAAGACCUGGAUCCAGUUAUUAGUCCAAACUGUCAGAUGUCUCUCAGUGGAACCAGUGAGGACUGAACCACAGGCGUGAACUCUCCCCCUCCUGCACUGCAGUCUGAAAAAACAAGCACUAAAGAAACUACAAGUUAAGCUGUGAGCUGGCCCUGGUUUAUUUGAGAUUUAAACUUGAACGGUCUUAAUAAGGAAUGUGUCUCACCACCACACCCCUUAGUACAAUAUGAACUUAUUUAUUUUAUAUUUUGUUUGCUUUUAUAACCAAUAAAUCUGUUAUGAGACUAUAAA